GUGCGACUCUAUUUCGCCCCGACUGCCAGCUGACUGAUGUCAUCGUGACAGCGGUCGCCGAUCUGUCAUCUAACCGGAUGCACUCGAUCUGUGCCGUCACUCUAUUCCCGCACUCGCGCCGGCAAGACGAACUAUCGCGUGUCUAUUUGUAUAAUUAGAGUAAUCAAUAAACGUUAGUCUUUAUUCGUUCGUAAUCAUUUCUAUUACAUUUGCGGAAUCGCAACAGUGGCGACGAGGUCGUGAGUGACGACCGGCUUGUUUGUUUUUCUCGCGAAAUCUGACUGCACAGUACCGUGUGCCGUGCCGUUCGCUGUGCGCCGUGCACGUGUUUCGCCAUGACGCCAACUCCGCCGCCGGACUUCAAGGAGACGAUCCUGAAGAUUCUCACCAACCAGCAGGACCUCAUGAAGCGGAUUACGGAGCAGAUGGAGAAACAAGGAGGAAACCAAGGCAGCGAGCUCGUACUGGAUUCCCUCGCGAGCAAUAUCACCGAGUUCGAGUACGACCUGGAGAAGGGGAGCUCGUUCGAGGCCUGGUUUUCCCGGUAUGCAGAUCUGUUUACGGAGGAUGCAUGCAAGCUGGACGACGACGCUAAAGUGCGUCUGCUGCUGCGCAAGCUCAGUCCCGCCGCACACGAGAGGUACACAUCCUUCAUCCUACCCGAGAUUCCUAAAAAGUUCAAAUUCAACGACACGGUUGCCAAGCUCAAGUCCAUCUUUGGCAGUCCGGUUUCUCCGUUUCACCGUCGGUACCAGUGCCUACAGACGGUCAAGGAAGAGGGUGAGGACUACGUCGCUUACUCCUGCAAGGUCAACCGAGCUUGUGUCGAGUUUAAGCUGAAGGACCUCAAAGAAGACCAGUUCAAAUGCCUUAUUUUCGUGUGCGGGCUGACGUCUCCGAAGGACGCGGACAUCCGGAUGCGCUUGCUUUCGAAAAUCAACGAGACGGCGGACAUCACGCUGGAGAAGGUAGUGGAGGACUGUAAAAGCAUCAUCAAUUUGAAAAAGGACACCGGGCUCAUCGGUGGCCAGUCUACCUCCACAGUCGCUACCGCCUCCACGCAGGCUGUCCGAACGAGUUCUCCCCACGGCAAGUUCCGGAAGAAGGAGCGGACUGGCGGAAAGUCCGACGUGCCAAACGCCCCAUGCUGGUCUUGCGGCGGGAUGCACUACAACAGCCAGUGCUCGUUCAAGGACCACAAGUGCCGCGACUGUGGCCGCACCGGCCAUAAGGAGGGGUACUGUUCCUGUUUCGCGUCGAAGUCGAGAUCGAAGCCGUUCAAAGGAAAGCAGCAGCACGUCAAGAACCACGCAGCCAAGAUAGUCACCGUCAAGAACCUCAAACGUAGCCGGCGCUACGUGGAGACGGCGAUCAACGGAGUUCCAGUGGACCUGCAGCUGGACUCAGGCUCAGACAUCACCAUCAUCUCCAGGCAGAACUGGGUCAAUGUCGGGUCACCUCCAACGUCUCCACCGGACUGCAACGUGCAGACAGCUUCCGGGGACAAACUGGGCAUCGAGGCGAUGUUCAGAGCAACCUACACCAUCGGCGGAACGCACAAGGAGAGCAAUUGCUAUGUUUGUAGCGCUGACCUUUCCCUCAACGUUCUAGGCUCCGACUUGAUGGACGAGUUCGGGCUCUGGGACGUACCCUUUUCGUCGUUCUGCAAGCUGGUCGGAACUCAAACACCGGAUCAGCAAGUGGUCGAGCUGAAAACCAAGUUCCCCGAGGUGUUCAACGAUCGCCUGGGCCUGUGCACCAAAACGCAGGUGCGCCUCGUUCUCAAGCCAGACGUCCAGCCCGUGUUCCGGCCGAAGCGGCCGGUGUCGUACAACAUGGAGGCCGUCGUCGAGGACGAGUUGAAGCGACUCGAGAAUCUGGGUAUCAUCACGCCGGUCAGCUAUUCGGACUGGGCCGCUCCCAUUGUGGUGGUCCGCAAGCCCGAUCGUUCCGUUCGCAUCUGUGCGGACUACUCAACCGGUUUGAACAACGCGCUCGAGUCCAACAACUACCCGCUUCCUCUCCCGGAGGACAUCUUCAACCAGAUGUCGGGCUGCACGAUGUUUAGCCACAUCGAUCUGUCAGAUGCAUAUCUACAGGUCGAGGUCGACGAGGAAAGCAGAAAACUCGUCACGAUUAACACGCACCUGGGACUCUACCGCUACAACCGGCUCUCCCCCGGUGUCAAGAGCGCCCCCGGCGCGUUCCAGCAGAUCAUGGGCACCAUGCUGGGUGGUGUUCCGUGUACAGCUCCGUAUCUCGACGACAUCCUGGUCGGUGGUCGCACCGCCGAGGAACACAAGGAGAAUCUGUACCGUGUCCUGGAGCGGCUCAAGGAGUACGGGUUCACGGUCAAGCUCGAGAAAUGCAGAUUCUUCAUGCGCCAGGUCAAGUACCUGGGCCAGCUGCUGGAUACGGAGGGCAUCCGCCCAGACCCGGACAAGGUGAAGGCCAUCGUCAACAUGCCACCGCCUCACGACGUCCCGACUCUGCGGUCGUAUCUGGGCGCCGUCAACUAUUACGGGAAAUACAUUCGGGAGAUGCGUACUCUUCGCCAGCCGCUGGACGAGCUGCUCAAGGAAAGUGCCAGCUUUCAGUGGUCCGACGCUUGCCAGCGUUCCUUCGACCGGUUCAAGGAAAUCCUCCAAUCACCGCUCAUGCUGACGCACUACAACCCUCGCUUGGAAAUGGUGGUGUCCGCAGACGCGUCGAAUGUGGGCAUUGGCGCCCGCAUCGCUCAUCGGUUCCCGGACGGGUCGGAGAAGGCCAUCUACCACGCAUCCCGAAGCCUCACGCCAGCAGAGUCCCGCUACAGCCAGAUCGAGAAAGAAGCCCUGGGUCUGGUGUACGCGGCCACAAAGUUCCACCGGAUGAUUUCGUUCUUCAGACCGACCACAAACCGCUGCUAGCGAUUUUCGGUUCAAAGCGUGGAAUCCCACCGUACACGGCCAACCGCCUCCAGAGGUGGGCCCUCACGAUGCUUCUGUACGAUUUCCGGAUCGAACACAUCUCCACUGACCACUUCGGACAUGCAGACAUCCUCUCACGCUUAAUCAAC